CUCCGGGGCGGCUGCAUGGCGGGGGCCGGGGGCGCGGCGGGCGGGCCGCGGGUGGUGGUGGUGGGCGCGGGGCUGGCGGGGCUGGCGGCGGCGCAGCGGCUCCUCCUCGGGGGCUCCGGCCGCUUCGCCCACCUGCGCCUGCUGGAAGCCUCGGGGCGCGCCGGGGGACGCAUCCGCAGCGCCCGCUUCGGAAAGGGUGUGGUGGAGGUGGGGGCGCAGUGGAUCCACGGCCCCUCCAAGGAGAACCCCGUCUUCCAGCUGGCAUCAGAGGCGGGCUUGCUGGACGAAGAGGCUCUGUUGGAAGAGAACCAGCAGGUGGAAGUCUAUGGGCAUCCGCCGGGGCCCUUCGCCUGGUUCUCCAGCCGGGGCCGGGAGCUGGACUCCCAGCUGGUGGACUCCAUGGGGAGCUUCUUCUGGGGCCUUCUGGAAGAAGCACGGGCCUUCACGCACCUGGAUCAACCGCCGGUGCCCAGCGUGGGGGAGUUCCUGAAAACGGCCAUCGCCCGGAAGCUGCAGGAAUCCCCGGAGAAGGAGGAAGAGACCAGGCGGCUCAAGCUGGCCGCCCUCUACUCUUACUUCAACAUGGAGUGUUGUGUGAAUGCCACCAACAGCCUGGACGAGUUGGCUCUGGGGCCCUUCGGGGAGUACACCAUGCUUCCUGGCCUGGACUGCACCUUUCCCAACGGUUUCCAAGGCCUCACAGACCACAUCAUGGCGUCUCUACCCGAAGGCAUUGUGCUGUUUGACAAGCCGGUGAAGACCAUCCAUUGGGGGAGGUCUGACUUGGAGGAGGGCUCGCCAGGCCGGCUCUUUGGCGUGCAGGUGGAAUGUGAAGACGGGGAGAAGAUCUUGGCCGACCACGUCAUCAUCACGGUGCCUUUAGGUUUCCUCAAAGGAUGCCAGGAAUCCUUUUUUUGCCCUCCUCUCCCAUCCCAGAAGCGGGAAGCAAUACGACGUUUGGGUUUUGGGACUUCCAAUAAAAUUAUUUUGGAAUUUGAACAACCAUUCUGGAAGCCGGACACUGAAAUAGUUGAGGUGCUGUGGGAAAACGAGUCGCCUCUGGAGGAGCGCCCAGCUGAUUUGAGAAAGACCUGGUUCCAGAAGAUCGCUGGCUACGUAGUUCUCCAGCCACCUGAGAGGCACGGCCAUGUCCUUUGCGGCUUCAUCCCUGGGAGAGAAUCUGAGUUUAUGGAAACCCUGUCAGAUUCCGAAGUUCUUACAACUUUGGCUCAAAUAUUUCGUAAAGCAACAGGAAAUCCACAACUGGCUCCUCCGAAGAAUAUACUGAGAUCCCGAUGGUACAGUGAGCCUUACACCAAGGGAUCCUACAGUUACAUAGCUGUGGGAAGCUCUGGGGACGACAUUGAUCGGCUUGCUCAGCCUCUCCCGGAGGACCCCUCCGGCUCCAAGGUCCUGCCCCAGCUCCUCUUUGCGGGGGAGGCCACCCACCGCUCCUUCUUCUCCACCACCCACGGGGCCUUGCUGUCCGGCUGGAGAGAAGCGAACCGGCUCCUCCACCUCUACGACUCGCUCCUGGAGGCUCCGCGUGGGAGGCUGGAAGCCGGCAAGUGACACAGCUGUGCCUUUUUCUGCGCUACUUUCCUCACCAAAGAUCAAGAAACGGUUGGGAAUUCCUUUAAUUCGCCCAAUAAAGUUCCAGGAAUCCUUGCACCAGA